UAUCGUAAACAUUUGAGUACAAGUGCUGGUAUUGUAAAGGUAUCGAUAAGUACCUGCCUAAUAAUUGUGACAUGGUCCGAUUGUAAUUUCAUCUAUCGAACUAUGUGGAUAUCCAUCAAUUAAUGCAAUUAAGGAUGCUUCACAAAGUAUUGAGAAAUGGACCAGUUCAAGUGGUACUGUUCAUUUUAAUUGUUAUUUUCGUCAUUUUAUACUAUCAUAAACAAUAUUCAUUCACAUCGACGUCGGAUAAUAAUGGAUACAUUAAUAUGAAUGAUACCAAUCUCUUGGAAGAUACUUUAAAAGAUAAAUCUGCAGUAACCACUUCAACUAUAGCUCCGACAGUUACUGAACCUGAAAUACUGGAUCCUGUAAGAAUGAUUUACGAAGAAGGUCACGUUGACGUCGAUCCGUUUAUUUGUGAAAACCCAUAUGGAAAUAUUACGUUAACGAUAAUGGUGACGUCCGCUGUACAAAACUUAAGAGCACGUAUGGAUGUAAGAUUGACUUGGGGUCAUUGGUCCAUACGAAAUGAUGUUAAAAUUAUUUUUAUGGUGGGACAAACUUCGGAUGAAAAAGUUCAAUCCGAGGUACGAAAUGAACAAAAUCUGUAUCAUGACGUUGUUCAGGGUCAUUUCAUGGACACAUAUAACAAUCUUACUCUCAAAACAGUGUUUAUGUUAGAGUGGUUAAGUAUCAACUGUCCAAAUACUGCUUUUGUGCUGAAGACAGAUGAAGAUAUGUUUAUUAAUGUUCCAAAAUUACUCGAUUAUCUUUCAACAAAAGAUCCAAAGGAAAGGACUUUUCAUGGAAGGUUAUUUGGAAAUUGGAAACCGGAUCGAAACCCAAAAUCAAAGUACUACGUAUCACUGAAUGCAUACAAGGAUUCAGAAUUUCCUCCAAUGUUUUCCGGGACUGCAUAUGUGUUUCCCGGAUUUUUAGCACAUGAACUAUUUCAAGCUAGUUUAAAUCACACAUUUCUUAAACUAGAAGAUGUUUUUCUAACUGGUUUAGUGGCAAAAGAAUUAGGAAUUGGUCAUACACAUUGGUUACAGUUUUAUAAUUUAGGAUACGCGAAACUGACUCCAUGUAAUAUUCGAAGAGUUGUUGCCAUUCAUAACGUUAGGAAAGAACGACAAUUUGAGGCUUGGUUAAAAGUAAACGACAUGAGACUGAAAUGCUGACGGUACAGAACUGCAUUGAAAAUUUGUAUA